ACACAUGGGAUCAGUUAUAACCAAGGAAACGGUCUUACAGGAGAAUAUUUAUCUGAAGAAACUCAGCGGUUUGGAACCUGUCGACGAUUAUGACCCAUUUUGGAACAAACUUCUCUCUUUCAGUCUCAAGUUUGAUGAUGACGACGAAGACACCCGAAUCGCUUUGGAAUCUGCUUUAGAUGAUCAUCUUCAAUGUCUAAUGUACAAUACACAAACAACAGGAAAUUUCGCUGCAUUUAUUCGACUUUUCCUUCGCAGAGCCACAGAACUAAAAACAUCAGAACAAUGCGAAAAUAAAAUCUACUUAUGGCAAACAUCAAACGCUCUUCUCAUUCUUCGUUACAUCGCCAGAUUUUUAACUCAACGUAUGACGGAAAAAGAAUUCGUGAGGAUUUUCGCCAAAAGUCAUGAGAGUACGGAAACCGAAUCGUCGUCUACAUCUUCCUCGUCGGAUGAGGAAGAUGAUGACGAACAGAAAUCAGAAAACGAAAAUAAUAAUGGAGCGACAAAAUAUAUCCCGAUAGUUUUUCAAAACACUGCAGAAGAGUUCACGUAUGAGCUGGUUUCGAUUUUAAUCAAUAUUUCUGUAAACGAAACAACAUUGGCAAUCCAUGUCGAAGCAGUUCGAUGUCUCCUAACUCUCCUGAGCUCUCAACUAUAUAAUGAAUCAAUUGUGAAUACUUCAAUUGUCUUCAGAUUCUUUAUUGAUGGAUCAUGUGCGAAACACGCAGCUUCGCUCACUAAAACUCUUCUUCUCAAUUAUUUGAUCCACAAUUCAGAGUAUCACAUGACUGUACAAAAGCCACAAGAGAGCAUUGUUUUUGGAUUAGCUUCAUCAAUGUGGUCAAUGGUCCAAAUGGCAACUGGUAUCGACUCCGCAGAGGAAGAAAAGAAGCCCCCACUUACUCUUGGAAACUUAAGCAUCCUGCUUCUCCUCAAUCUUUCAUGCCAUCAACCUCUCAAUUCAUCCAAUCCAUUCAAAGAAACCCUUGCUCUCUUCCAAAAUGCUCAAGAAGUAUCCACAUUGCCUACUCAGAUUGUGUCGUUCAAAAUCGAUUAUAAUGGAUUAUACGAAAGAUUGUGUGCUACCGCUGGCCAGGAACCUCCGAUGCUUCUACUCUACAUGCUUCUACAGGCGAACUCGGGAUUCCGGAACUAUGUGUUGUCUCGGAUCAACCUCGAGAAUCUAGUUGUUCCUGUUCUUCGAAUUCUUCACGACGGUGUCGCGACAUCGAACAACUCUCACCAUGUUUAUCUUGCAUUGAUUGUCGCCUUGAUUCUCAGUGAAGAUGAUAUUUUCUGCAAGAUUAUACACGAGACGAUGAUCAAGGAUCUCGGCUGGCUGGACAGUGAUUUCAGUGUCCGCGAGAUCUCUCUCGGAGGUUUGACAACUCUUGUGCUGGUUCGAGCAAUUCAGAAGAAUGCUUUGAAAACUAGAGACCGAUAUCUUCACACAAACUGCUUAGCUGCUCUUGCAAACAUGUCAGCUUUCUUCAAAAAUCUUGCUCCAAUUGUUUGCCAAAGACUCAUAUCACUGCUUGAUCUUCUAACAAAACGGCAUGCUAAAAUGGUGGAUCAUAUGAGAGUCAGCAGUCAGAAUGAUGUUGCAGAUGGACAGCCGAUCAAUUUCCAUGACGACAUUACUGCUCUCGAAGAAGGAAUUCGAACUCUCCUUGAGAUCAUCAACAGUGCACUUUGUGGAGGACUCCGUCACAAUUCACACCUCAUCUACAACCUUCUCUACCAUCGUGCUCUAUUCGAUGCAUACGUUCAGCACCCAAUGUUCCAAGAUCUUCUUGUUAACAUCGCAGCAGUAAUCUCUCACUUCUCGUCGAAAGUGAUACAUGUCCCAGCAGGCGAUGGAUCCACAAUGCUGCAAAUAAUCGAGAAGGAGGCAAACAUAUGGCCAACCGAUCGACUCGCAAAGUUCCCAGAAUUGAAGUUCCGAUACGUGGAGGAUGAGUACACUGUCGAUUUCUUUGUGCCAUACGUCUGGAGGCUAUCUGUUCAACAUUCGGGAAUCUACUUCGAAACAUCAAGAAUCAAAAUAUUUAACGCCCAAAGUAUUGCUUGACCCUCAAAUUGUUUUAUUAAUCGGUAAGCAUAAUGCCGGUAGUAUUUAUUCGGACGCAAAUAUUGAUAAGUGGCCUUAUUCAUGUGAUGAUCAUAAGAUACCAUAAUAAUGUACAAUAAAUCUAUUAUCUAAUUG